ACAAUGGAGGAGAGAAAUUGGACCCUUGUCACAGAGUUUGUUUUUGUGGGAUUCACGGAUCAACGAGACCUGCAGGUCCCCCUCUUCCUGGUGUUCCUAGCAAUCUAUGUGAUCACCCUGGUGGGGAAUCUUGGGAUGAUCAUGCUAAUCAGGGCGGAUCCCCAACUCCACACUCCCAUGUACUUCUUCAUCAGUAAUUUGUCCUUCUUAGACAUCUGUUAUUCCUCCUCCAUCACCCCCCGGUUGCUGUCAGACCUCUUAUCAGAGAGGAAAGUCAUUUCUUAUGCUGCCUGCCUUACGCAGUUUUAUUUUUAUGCGGUCUUUGCCACCGCUGAGUGCUACCUCCUGGCCGUGAUGGCGUACGACCGAUACGUGGCCAUCUGUAACCCGCUGCUCUAUGUUGCUGUCAUGCCCCGCAGAGUGUGUGCUCUCCUGGUGGCUGGCUCGUAUCUUGCGGGGGUUCUGAAUUCCCUGGUGCAUACAAGUGUUGCCCUUCGGCUGUCCUUCUGUGGCCCAAAUGUCAUCAACCACUUUUACUGCGACGGUCCCCCUCUCUACGCACUGUCCUGCACCGACACCCACCUCAAUGACAUUGUGAUGUUUGUGUUUGUCGGCUUCAAUAUGAUUGUGACUAACUUGACCAUCCUCAUCUCGUACAUCUACAUCCUGGCCACCAUCCUGAGGAUCCGCUCAACCGAGGGCAGGCGCAAAGCCUUCUCCACCUGUGCCUCCCACCUGACGGCUGUCGCCAUUUUCUACGGAGCAGCGGGGUCCAUGUAUUCACGACCCAGUUCCAGGCACUCACAGAACCUAGAUAAAGUGGCCUCCGUGUUCUACACGGUGGUGAUCCCCAUGCUGAAUCCCCUAAUCUACAGCCUGCGGAACAAGGAGGUGAAGGGCACCCUAAAAAAAUGUUUGAUGAGAAAAGAUUUUUCCUCCCACUUCUGA